AUGGCCGUAGACUUCGAGGGCCUCAACUUGUCGAGGGACGGAGCGAUGAGUUUAGCUCAGUUGUGUCUGUCGUCGGACCCAAGGAGUGUUUAUGUAGUGGAUAUUACUAGGCUGGGCUUCCACGCCUUCCAUGCUACUACUCAUACUGGCACAUCACUGAAGUCUAUUAUGGAAGACUCUCGAAUAGAGAAGGUCUUCUAUGACCCUCGCAAUGACGUUGAUGCUCUCUACUACCAAUUCAAUGUGGCCCCUCAGAAUGUUUUCGAUCUCCAGUUGGCUGAGGUAGCCCUACGACGAGCACGAGGGCUCACUGUACGCUAUGUCAUUGGCCUCUUCAAAUGCCUCAUUGCUCAGCCUGAACUUUUCACUCAGCCGGCUAUGAAGGAUUUUGCUCGGAGGAUCAACGAUGCUGGAAAGGCCCUUUAUGAACCUACGCAUGGUGGUAGCUUUAAGGUGUUCACUCAACGACCACUGCAUACCAGCAUUAUCGUAUAUGCAUCUCAUGAUGUUCGCUAUCUACUACCUUUGAAAGACUUGUUUACUAAACGACUGCGUGAGGCCGGUGGUGACCUCUACGACAGAGUAUGUAAGGUUAGUACUGAGAGAGCUCAGUGGUAUAAGAAUGUCGAGUACGUUAAGCCCACUUCAGAAGCGCCGGAAAUAUAG